GAAAAAUAACUACGACCUAAUUAAUCCAUCUAAAAAUCGCGGAUACAGCAAUUGAUAAUAAUAAGCCGGCAUACUUUUAUCAUUUUUUUCGAAAAUGUAUUUAUAUGUUUAGCGAAAUAUAUAUUUUCUUUUAUUAUUUUAUUCUACUCUAAGAUAUGCAAUUAUAAGUAUUUCAUCUAAUGUGUAUAAAAUGUGUACAAAGCUUUAAAUAAUAUAAAGCUGAUUUUGAUGUUGAUAUACUAAAAUGGAUUCUACUUUAAAAUUUCCUUCUAAAAAAGAAUGUAUUUAUACUUCUUGUUAUUGUGAAGAAAACAUUUGGCAUUUAGCUAAAAAUAUUUUAAGUGCUAAUAAAAAUGUUUCUGAAUUUAAAUGUUAUGUCACUUUUGUAUCUAAUUCAAAUAAAUGUGUACCUCUAUGGAAACAGAAAUCUAGUACACAUGAUGAUGGUUUAGUAUUUUGGGACUAUCAUGUUUUUUUAUUAUUGGAUCAUAAUAAUAAAAUUUUAGUUUUUGACUUAGAUUCUUCAUUAUCAUUUCCAGCAACAUUUUUAGAAUAUAUAAAUGAAGCUAUUAGAGAUGAUAACCAUCAGUCAAAGUAUAAUAGAUAUUUCAGGGUUAUUGAGGCAAAGAAAUAUUUAUUGAAGUUUUCUUCUGAUCGACGACAUAUGUUGAAUGAAAAUGAUCAGUGGCUGAUGCAACCACCUACCUACCCACCAAUUUUAAAUAAAGAUCAAGAGCAUAACUUGAGCUGCUUUAUUUCUAUGGAUGUAUCUAAUGAAUAUGGUCAAAUAUAUGAUCUUGAGAAUUUUAAGAAUAAAUUUUUUCAAACACAUUAAUUAUUAUUUAAUUUUUAUUAUAUUGUAUUGAAAUAAUAUUUUCAUAUUAUUAGGAUAUUGUACAACUAUAAUAAAUAUUACAUAACUAACAUUUUUAAUUAAAGA